ACCUUUAUUUACACCUGCUGUAAUUCUUAGUAUGCUUUAUUGACGUCAUGUUUCCUGCUACGCACAUGAAAUUACUUUCUAAUGACGUCAUAGCACUCACACAAUCGACUAUUACAAAAAACAAGAAUACAGCCGUUCAUUUGUCGACCAUUUCAACUGGGAAUUCCCCAUACUCUUUCCAUGCCCGAAAGAUAUAAAGCCUUAAUAGACAUACAGUUUCAGUCUUCUUUAUACUUUUAGACACAUCGGAUCUGUUAUUUCUAUCGACUAGUGUUAUUCAAACUAUAGUAUAGUACCUGAUUACUGGAGAAUGAAAAAAAGUUUUUCUACUGGAUUAGUAAUUUUAUUACUUAUAUCGAGAGCUGAUUGGACUGUAGGGCGUGGUCACGGUUCUCACGGUUCUCACGGAUCUCACGGAUCCUUUCACGGAUUUGGUAGAUCACAUUCAGUAUCUUCACACGCUUCAUCCUCUGGACAUUCUGGAUCUUCGGGACACUCUGAAUCUUCAGGACAUUCAAGUUACUCUGGAUACCACCCACGAUACUACGGAUCUCGUGGUCACCGAUCUUCAAAUUCUUCUGCUAUAUCAAUAGUUUCAUACAAACCAUCCUACUUGAUUGCAACAUCAUUAGCCUGCAUUCUUUGGACAUUAUAAUGAAUAUUGAAAUUAUUAAUUAAGUACAAAACUUGAAAUUAUAAAUUUUGAAAGGAAUCAGAUAUUCUUAAUUUUAGACGCUUAUUUUUGCUAAACUAUGAUAAAGUUAUGACGUAAAAAUUA